GCUCUCGAGCUUCAACCCUCUAAAACAACCCACAAUGCCGUCCGCCAAACCCAGCCCCAAAUCGCGAACCUCCAGGGCCCUUACAUCCGUUUCUUCCUUCACAAUCCUCCCUCUCACGCUCCCCGCACUUCCAGCUCUCAAAUCGCAACCACCAGCCCCACACUACCUAUACAUCCAGCCGCACGCCCCAAAACUCCCAGAACCCGACACCGAGCGCAGCCUCUUCCUCGCCAAUAUUCCCAUCGAUGCCACCGAUGGCGCAAUCCGCGCUCUUUUUGCUGACCAGCUCGGUGGCGGGCGAGUCGAGCGCGUGGUGUUCGAAGCCACUGUGCCGAGCUAUGCGGCGCUGAAUACCAAAAGCCAGGGGGAUUCCGGAGGCGCGCGGAGGGGAAAGAAGAGGAAGAGGGGUGUGGUCAAUGAAGACAAGGUCGGCGUGGUGGAGGAUGCGGAGACGGCGCUGCCCCGCGUUUGGGAGCGCGGGCUGUGUGUUAGUGGGAGCAGUGCGGUAGUUGUGUUUGUGGACCGGGCGAGUGCGAAGGGGGCGUGGGUGGCUGUGAAGGGGGCUGUUAAGGGGGGCGAGGAGGUGGUGUGGAGAGGGGAAGGGGGCUUGGGCGAGAAGAGAUACCGGGAUCACCAUUCCCUAACAUUCCCACCCCGAGCUACGCUUCAGAAAUCGAUAAACGCAUAUCUCACUGCGUUUACAGAGGCAGAGACGACGAGAGAUCGCCUGCGCGCGAAACAACGCGCUGUGCCAGAUGAAGAUGGAUUUGUUACUGUUGUUCGUGGGGGUCGUAUUGGACCUGCUAGGCUGGAAGAAGCGCAGGCUGCCAAAGAGAAGGCAGAUGAGAAAGAUAAGAAGAGAAUUGCCAAAGACGAUUUCUACAGGUUUCAGACGCGGGAGAAGAAGAAGGAGAGGGAGAUGGACCUGCGGCGGAAGUUUGAGGAGGAUAGGAAGAAGGUGCAAGAGAUGAGGGAGAGGAGGGGGAAGGUUGUGCCUAUGUCGUGAUCGUGAUACCCAAUUUAAGACAUAGCUGUAGAGUACACUUGAAAAGCUCUUCCUUAUAGAAGUUUCCAAAAGACUGGAAUCAUGGCAGUAUCGCCCCAGAAUAUCUAGGG